CCCGGCUUGGGCCGCGCCCGCCGCUCGGCGGCCUUUUCUUCCGCUCCCGUCCUGAGGUGCUCCCAGGCGGCUGCACUGGCUCUGAGGAGUAGCUGCAAGAGGAGCUCCGCCGCGGGAACAAACCUGGAGGCAUACCUGUAGGAGGCAAUGUUUGAAUAACUCUUAAGAAGACCAGACAGUGAAGAUGUCAGCCCUCAACUGGAAGCCCUUUGUGUAUGGAGGGCUGGCCUCCAUCACAGCAGAAUGUGGCACGUUUCCAAUUGAUUUAACUAAGACACGGCUUCAGAUUCAAGGCCAGACAAAUGAUGCCAAUUUCAGGGAGCUCAGGUACCGAGGAAUGUUGCACGCGCUGAUGAGGAUAGGCCGAGAAGAAGGCCUGAGGGCACUGUAUUCAGGGAUCGCACCUGCAAUGCUGCGCCAGGCUUCCUAUGGGACCAUCAAGAUUGGCACUUACCAGAGCUUGAAGCGAUUAGCUGUGGAACACCCAGAAGAUGAAACUCUGCUGAUCAAUGUUGUGUGUGGGAUUCUGUCUGGAGUCAUAUCUUCAGCUAUUGCUAAUCCGACUGAUGUUCUGAAAAUCCGAAUGCAAGCACAGAACAGCGCUGUUCAAGGAGGAAUGAUAGGCAACUUCAUUAGCAUUUACCAGCAGGAAGGGACCAGAGGACUGUGGAAGGGUGUGUCCCUCACAGCCCAGAGAGCAGCCAUUGUCGUCGGGGUGGAGCUUCCAGUUUACGACAUCACCAAGAAGCACCUGAUACUCUCAGGCCUGAUGGGAGACACUGUCUCAACGCAUUUUCUCUCAAGCUUCACCUGUGGCCUGGUGGGGGCCUUGGCCUCAAACCCAGUUGAUGUGGUGAGAACCCGCAUGAUGAAUCAGAGAGUCUUUCGGGAUGGCAGAUGCUCUGGCUAUAAGGGUACCUUGGAUUGCCUAUUGCAGACAUGGAAGAAUGAAGGGUUUUUUGCUCUAUAUAAAGGAUUUUGGCCAAAUUGGUUGCGCCUUGGUCCUUGGAAUAUCAUUUUCUUUUUGACUUACGAACAGCUGAAGAAACUGGACUUGUGACCACACGUCACUGUUCUGACAAACCGACUUCCAUGACAGUAGAACAUCCUGUGCUUCUGGCUGCUUCUCAAUGCACAGCUUAUCACAGCUUCUGGGAUGGGAGCAAUGGAUGAAUGGGUUCUUCAGAUUGCCAUGCGUUGGCACUAGAUGCUUUUCAUCUAUGUUUAGAGCCUAGAGCAUAAUAACAUCCACUCACUGUUGGCUACCUACCAUUGAAGUGCCCUUUGACAUCCUAGAUAAUUGAUGUACAUAUACAUCUUUCUUGCUGUAGAAAACCUGCAAGGAAAUCAGAACUGUGUGCUGCUGCUUUCUUCCUGGAGAGCAGCCUCGCUGCCUCUGGGCUUCUAGCUGUGAACAUCAGCCGCUCUGAGAAGGCUCCUGGAGUGGUGGGGUGAUGUUAUCCCUCUACCAUUCAGCUUUAGUUUCCUGUCAGCUGAAGAGAUUUUACAUUUGAACUUUUAUCCCCUCGACCCUGGACAGUUGUAGCAUAUCACACUGCUUUCUGUUUGGGCAGAAUCUUUCACUUACAGUAAGACUCGGCCUUUGUGAGGUAGCAUUAACCAUUUGCCCUAUGAUUUUUUUUCUUUUUUUUUUAGCCAAGUUUAUUAUUUCCAUACUGAUCAAAUGGGGACAAUCACACUUUGUGAAGUAGGGGUUAAAUGAAGGAUGAGUGUUUACAUCUGUCAGUAAACAGUUGGCUACUAUAGGGCUCUCCUGGUCCUGGGGACCAAAAGCCUUUGUUAAAUAAAGAAUCCUGCAGAUGAAGUUUCUUUUACUUGGCUAGUGAAUUCAAGAGGUGAGGCUUCAGAGUUUUAGUCUUUACUUUUGUAUUGAGGUGAGUUUGUUAAAAACAAACCAACAAACCCUUUGUCAGAGAUUUUCCUUGUUAAUUUCCUUGAAAUUUAGAAAAAAAAAAGAUUUAUUUUCUUCCUUCCUCUUUUCAUUUUUGCGUUGCUGGGGAUGAAACCCUUGUGCAUUCUGGGUAUCUUCGCCACACUGAGCUCCUCCCCAGCUCAAGCUGAUGGCCCGAGUGCCUCUGUUCAUCUCCAGUCUGAUAAGAACUGCAUAACCUCUUCUACCUGUUUUUGUUUCUUCUGAGGCUGUGAUAAAACCUCUUACCCUUUUCAAAGCAAACACUGUCUCUAAGAGCUGUCCAGAAGGGCUCCCAGUGCCUUCAGGAGAGCCCUGUGAAAGCCUCAUUAGCACUAAGGAGACUCUAAGCACGUGCGAUGUCCAGUGCACUCCCUCGGGCCCCUUCCUCCUUGAAGCAGAAGCAUGCAGGUUUUCUCUGAGGGAUGGCUGCUUUUUCUUCCAUACCUUUUCAACCUGGCUUUUUAAAUUACUGGUUCCUUUGAAAAACAGUUUGCGAAGCAGAAUUUUGUUUCUAAAAGUAAAAGGUAAGACAAAAUCCUCACAGAGCAGAGCCAUUGGUGGCUUAAAGACAACUCGCUUGCACACCAUUAGAUGGCAGUAGAGGAUCUGAGCUGCUGGCCUGGCUCCUAGCAUUAUGAGUUAGAGGCUUUUUUUACUCUGACUUGAACAUUCCAUUGAAGUGAUAGACUCCAGAGGCUUUCUCUCCAGUUGAAAAGAUUGACUUUUUUCAAACCACUUUUUAACAUAUAAAAAAAAAAACCUUUUAAAAUUAAAAUUCUUUUCUUUAUCCUUUCUUUCUUUUUUCUUUCUUUCCUUCUCUCUUUCAUCUUUCUGUCUAAUU